AUGGCCCCUGUCACUUGUUUGUGUGGAGGCAUAUCGGUAGCAGUUGAGCUGGAUCCUACAGAUCAGACUCAACUCCAAUUAUGUCAUUGCAACAGCUGUCGGGCGGUGACUGGGCUGCUUUCUUCGUCAUACUACAUCCUUCAACAUGAGCCUGCCCUAGAUGGGCUGCAGAAAUACCACUCCAAAGACGUGAGCUACUUCUUCUGUAAGACCUGCGGUGCUCAUGUCUUCGCGCACAGCGAGCUCAAUCAUCAAUUCUUCGUUGCCUCGGGACUAUUAGCAGCAAAGGACUGCCCUAAAGUCCAGAGGAUUGAGCACUGGAAAGAAAGUGACACUGGAGAUGGCGGACUGAGUACAUUUCUUGCUGGAACCCAGUCUGAUAUCCCAAGCUGUCGGCUUCGCGCAUAUGACAUAUCAAACAGCCCACAAAACAGAAGCCAGGAAACAGAGGAUCUCGUGGCAACUGAGCCAGCAGAGCAGUCCAUAUUACAAGCCCGCUGUCUCUGCGGAGGAAUUCAAUUCUAUAUCACUCCACCAGACGCAUCAUCUUCACAAGCAUCUUCACCAUGGGCAGACCUCCUAGUCCCCUACCAUUCUGGCUCUUCAUCAAAUCCAGAUGAUGUCAAGUGGUGGCUCAGAGAGAAAGAUGGACACACCAAGUAUCUUGCCGGAACUUGCACCUGCACCACCUGCCGACUUAGCAGUGGCUUUCCUAUACAGACGUGGUCGUUUAUACCAAAGACCAAUAUCUUCAACACUGAUGGUUCACCACUGGCAUUUGACCAAGGUACUAUGCAACAAUAUAACAGCUCACCUGGUGUAUAUAGGGAGUUCUGCCGCUGUUGCGGUGCCACGAUCUUCUGGCAUUGUGACGAGCGUCCCUUAUUGAUCGAUGUGAGUGUUGGCUUGCUCCAAGCCAAUGGUGCACGAGCUGAGGGUUGGCUGGAGUGGGCUACAGGACGGGUCAGUUUUGCGGAGUUGGCAGUGCAGCAUGAUUUGUUGCAUCUCCUAGAGGAAGGCCUCAGAUUGUAUCCAGGCGGGAGCGAAAGGGUAUUAGGAAGCGAUUGA